AUGCCAGUGGACGGACGAAGGCACGCCCCCGAAGAGGACGGAGGAGGCAAAGAGAGGAGGAAAAAGACGGAGUAUGCGCGAGACAAAGGGAUGAGGGAGAGAUUACCGAUGAAAGAGGAGAAGGAUCAUGAGAAAGAUUUGCAAAAAGGCUGGAAAAAUGAAGAGAUGAGAAGGAAGGUAUAUGAAGUCGUCUGUGCGGCCUACCAGCAGUGUCUCGACUUCGCGGCCAAGGCUGCGAAAGGGUUCCGCCGAAUGAUAUGGGAACGGAGACUCUUACGCAGGAAGAAACGCGGGGGAGGUUGUCGGGAAUAUGAGGGAGGGGAUGAGGGUGCGUGCGGGGUGGAGGCGGUGGGGAUGGUGAAUUGGGAAAAGAAGAAGAGGGCAAAAUCUAAGAGGAAAAAGAAGAAGAAGAAGAAGAGGAAAAAGAAGAAGAACGUGGACGGGGCCUUCCCAAACAAUGGGGGAAGGGACUCCCGGGAUUUUCCGCAACCAAGUAUCUCCCACCAGCGGGGCACCGCCCCAGCCGGGACAAUCUCUAAGCACCCGACCGAUCUCCCGGCAUGUGUGCUUGUUGUUAGUAUUUGUGAAAGGAGAGAGAAUUGGAGGAGGAAGAGUCCUAUCGCGGUCUGCGGAUGCCAGAGCCCCCCGGAGCUCAGCUGCGCCGCCGCCGGGCCACCCUCGCCUCGUGCCGCCGCUGCGCUGAAUUAUCCAGGAGGCGUUGCGCCGCGUCGCGUCGCGUCGCUCCUCCCGCGCUGCCACGUGCGCCGGGGACACUUCUUCCUCCGGCGCCGAGCGGGAGCACGUGCGGAGCACGGAAGCAGUGGCGGGGGCGAGCGAGUUGUUGCGAGGGAGCGUACGUUGGUGUGUUUAUUGGGAGUCAUUGGAUACUUGGUUUCGACUGACACGCGAUUCACCCCGGACAGCCAAGUAAGCUAUGAAGGGCAGAGAUUUGAAAGGAAUACCAAGGCUGACAGGUAA